AUGCAGCCCGGCGCUGACGUUUCGACAGUCGAGAUGCCAGGCGCACCCUUAUAUUCCGACACGGUCAAGGUGAACCCAAGCGAGUGGUUCCCCGUGUACCAGAGCUGUAUACAAUACUUUGUGGAUGUGGCACAGCAUGCGCCAAAAGUGCAGUCCUUGGCCGCACUUAUCAACAUCCGUCUUCCCUACCAACAGAGCCUCGCCCCAAUUUUCCACUAUGCAGAGCCUACGAGCAACAACAGCAGCAAUAGUGAAUUCAGAUCUGCCACCGUUUCGCUAAUUCCGUACAUCCGACGGCUAGUGGUGACCGCGACAGACACCCCCGCCAUCAUGCAAGAGCUGUUUGGCGACAACUGGUUCGCGGGUGUUGGCCCGUUGCACUCCCAGGAGAGAAUCAACUAUCUCUUUGCCGCCAAGAGCGGCGGUUGGUUGAAGACCAAGACCCAUUACGAUGUAGCCCCGUACGAAACCGUUCCGUUCCUGCGUCCGUUGCGGGACCCGCAAGAAGAAGAGCUGCGCGCAGCAGAUGCGCGCUGGAGCCAGUGGCUGGCAAUGGAAGACUGGAUGGUGGGACCACGGAGUCCGUUUGAAGAAAUGACAGACGCAGACUGA